AUGUACGGGAUUGCACGAAUCAACUUCUGUCCUCGUUACUUCGCCCAAGGUAAUUUAAGCGAUGUGAUCAAGAACGAAAACGACAAGAGCCUUGGGCCUCUGUGGUACGCGAAUCUCGAUAACUACCUACCCAACAAAGCCAGGACAUGGAUCCAUGAGCUUUUACACAUUGACUGGGUGUCCAAAGCCAAUCAGUACGGCUCCAAUACCCACGUUACAGACCUCAAGAUGUGGGUACCAAAGGAAGGGGAGUCUCCACCUGCCUACCAGCUUCUGCAAAUCUACAGCCCGAAGAUGGCAAAGACUCUUGCGAGAUACAAAUACGACACAGGCCAUUGGAUCGCCCAGAGCUGCGAGAAUCUGACGUUGUAUGCCAUGGCAAGAUAUGUGCAAAAGGCGCUAGGAAAUGUUUAUCCUCACCUACCUCUCGCCCCAGAACCCCCCUCGAGCCCACCCACGGAAGGAGUCGAACCCGCGUUUACAGUUGGUGAUCUUUUUACCAUGCAUUCCGACGGAACGGUCACCAUCAUUAAUUCCACCGCUGUGGGUGAUCUGACAUGGGACCCCCAGUGUCCCUCUGGCGAGGAGAUAGAAGCGGGUGCUGAUGCCGAAGAGCUCUUCCUCGGAGCUGAUGUCUUGACCUUCAAAGGUGUAGCUCCAGGUCAGGCGGUCAAGCCAGGGACCAAGCUACGCAUUCUCGGCGUGGGAGACUCCAUCACUGUUGGAUUCCUCAGCGAGAGGGAUGGAGGCGACGGUAACGGCUACAGACUAAAGCUGCAACAAGACUUGUCAAAGGAUGAAGUUGUCUUCGUGGGGACUGAGUCUGCUGGAGGCACGAUGUCUGGUGGAUAUUUUGCUGCAUGGUCAGGCCAGACGAUCCAGUACAUCUCGGAACACGUUAGCAGCUCAUUAGAGCAACGGCCGAAUAUUAUCCUUGUGCAUGCCGGCACAAACGACAUGAAUCCUAACCUUAAUAUUGCUAAGCAAGGCAAUGAUCCGAGCAGAGCGGCUAGUCGGCUUGGCAAGCUUAUCGAUCAGAUUGUGGACGCUUGCCCGGACGCCGUCGUCCUUGUGGCUAUGAUCAUCAGUACUUGUGAAGAAGCCCAGCAGGUGAAUACAGCUCAGUACCAGGCUCUCAUUCCGGGCAUCGUGCAGUCUCGUCGAACCAUUGGCAAGCACGUUCUCGCGGUCGAUUUCACUACUUUCCCUACAGGAUCUCUUCGGGACUGCAUUCACCCAACAAAUCAAGGCUACCGGGACUUUGGCGAUUACUGGUAUGACUUCAUCUCUCAGAUCCCUUCCGAUUGGAUCCGCCAACCUGUGGGCGACGACCCAGACCAACCGACACUACCCGGCAUCGAUGCGAACGGCGGCUUAGAUGGGGCUAUCCCGUCUCCGAGCUGGGGAAUCAACCCGAUCCAGGUGAGCUCGAGAAGCAGCGUUCGGACGGCUGCUCUUCUCGGUGGGAGCGGCGGGGAGCGCACUUGCAAGGGCGGGCCAGUGUGGCGAGCCACAGGCAUGAUCGCAUCCGGCUUUGGAAAAGCUGGCGGCUGGCAAUAUCGCAAAAACUGGAUCGAAGCGGGCAAAGUCGCUGAUGGACUCAAAUUAGACACCAAAUUCGUUCGACUGCAUGAUAUGAAUGGAGAUGGGAAAGCAGACUACAUAUGGCUCAAUCCUGAAAAUGGAGAGAUACGAUGUUGGAUCAACAACCUUCCCGCCCCGUGGUCUCCAGCAGGGACGAACAAUAGCAUCAUCGGCAGUGGUGCCGGUGUUGCAGAGUCUGUUUUCUUGGCGGAUAUGAACGGUGAUGGCCUCGAGGAUUACAUGAUCGUCAACCCGCAAAAUGGAGCAGUGAAGAUCUGGUGGAACUAUGGAGCAGACGAGUCCUGGGUCAAUGGAUGGAAGUGGGCCACACUCCGAUUCCCGGACAUCAACGGCGAUGGUCGCGCGGACUACGUGUAUAUUGGAGCUGGCGGGUCUCUCUCCCAUUGGAUGAACACAGGGACUGCAGGAGGGCAAGAUGUGGUCUUCUAUUUUCAAGGGGGCAUUGCUACUGGUGGCACGUCUGAUAUCUCAAAUCUUGUGUUCGCCGACGUGGAUGGCGAUGGCCGCGACGACUACCUCAUUUGGGACGCCCAGGCAGGUCUCACAGGCUUUUUGAACCAGCCAACGAGAAGAGAAGGAGUGCCACUUUACGUCAAUCAGGGGCAGGCGAAAACGAUUGCAGAUGUUGAUACUGCUUCAUUCGACUCGACGAAGCUGGCCAUCUUUGCUGACUUCUCUUGUCCUGGUCCCAGAGACGGCAAAGAUGACUACGCAUACAUUGACGACAACGGGGCUAUCUGGCUGUGGUAUAAUCAGGGUGAUGCCGACACAUCCAUGGUCAUCGAUGGCAUUCGAUUUGCCGAUAUUGACGGCGAUGGGAUUGAAGACUAUGUUUGGCUUCAUCCAGACACCGGGGCACCGACCGUUUUCUUGAAUAAGGGUCCCAAUGAUGAUGAUGCUCUGGGGUGGUUAUGGAGUCCAGUCAACAAUGGAAAUCCAAUCGCCUCAGGAGCUGGUCCAGGAAACACUGUUCACUUUGGAGACAUUAAUGGGCAAGUUUUUGAUGGAAAAGACGAUUAUUUGGUCCUUGACCCAAAAACAGGAGAACUACACGCGUAUUUGAACAAGGGGCCCGAUGAAUCCAAGGCAGAGAAGUGGCUUUGGGACCCUGUCGGAUCGACCGCCACCGGCCUGGGACCCGGCGCGAAUGUGCGCUUCGCUGAUAUCGAUGGCGACAGCUAUGAUGAUUACAUAUUUCUCAAGUCGAAUGGUGGAAUAACAAUUUACAGAAACGUCUGGGAAACUAACAAGCCGCCAUCAAGUUGGAGACCACUGCCGGAGGCUGACGCUUCAGGCAUUGGGCAGAGACCUGAAGAAAUUGACUUUGUUGACAUUAAUGGUGAUGGAAAGGCCGACUAUGUCUGGACACGUGCUCGCGAUGGCGCCGCUAGGGUCUGGCUCAACAAUUAUCCCAAUCAGCCGACCUGGCUCGAACAGCCUGAGAUCGCCGGCGGCGUCGGGGUGUCUGGAAAUGAUGUGAGGUACGCCAUCCUUCAGAACACAGGUCGGGCCAGCUACGUCGCCGUCGACCGCACAAAUGGCGCUAUUGCCGCCUGGCUGAACAGUUGUACCCAGCUCGGCGACCAUCCCCGUCCAAACGUCGUCUUCAUUGGCCUCAGGGAGACGUUCACUGAGUCGGUUUUGGCUCGUUCUUGGAUCAUUUACGAGUCCGCAACAGGGAGCACUAUUGAUAUCUGUGAUGAUGAGCCCAAGGGUGCCUUCGCGGCGGCCACCACUUCAUCGAACCCAAAAUUCCCCACGAAUCUCGGCGAGUUUGAUGUUCAUGGUGUCGAAGGAUGUGUGUACUCUGGUUCCCAGGAUGAGCCAGCUGCAGAUCGCAAGGCGGUAACUAGCGUCAAAGUCGCACACGCCGAAGACACCAAAGCAGGGUCCGUCUUUCGACAUACCCACAGGCUCCGGCAUGACGGAAAUGCUGAAACACAAUACCUCAAUGGAAGCAGGAGGACGCUUGAGAUUCUCCGUCAGUCCGUCGGCUAA